CCUUCCAAUACAGAAUCUUCUUCUCCAGCAGAAAUAGUAUCUGUUAAAAUUUUCGUCUUUUUCCCACUUUGUCGACAUUCACAAUUUCACAUUUCAGUGUUUUGCUUCAAUCUUUCUCUCAUUGGUAAUAACGUGGCCGAAGCUUAACCAACAGAGACGUCGCUGAACCAUACACCACGAAUCAUUUGAUAAUUCCGCACUUGAUAGCUGAAAAAAGUCUUUCUUAUUCACCUAUCAGUGACCCACCAUUUCCACAGCCACAGAGGAAGGUAGGAAGGAAGGAAGAUAGAGAGAGUGAAAAAAAUGGCGGAUGAGAAGAAGCUUAGCGGCGACGGCGAAGCAGCAGGACAUGGGAUAGUGAAGGUGGACCCCAAACCUUACAAUGGAUUUACAUCCAAAGCGAUCGAUCUUUUAGAGAAGAUGGUGGUGAAGUUCAUGUAUGACUCUACAAAGCCGCAUCAGUGGCUCGCUGGUAAUUUUGCUCCCGUUCCGGACGAAACACCUCCCACUAAGCAUCUCCCUGUGAAAGGUCACCUCCCGGAUUGUUUAAAUGGAGAGUUUGUCAGGGUGGGACCUAAUCCUAAGUUUGCCCCCGUGGCUGGAUAUCACUGGUUUGAUGGAGAUGGAAUGAUCCAUGGUUUGCGUAUCAAAGAUGGAAAAGCAGCAUAUGUUUCCCGAUUUGUGAAAACAUCUCGUCUAAAACAAGAAGAAUAUUUUGGAGGUUCUAAAUUUAUGAAGAUUGGAGAUCUUAAAGGUUUUUUUGGACUUAUAAUGGUUAACAUGCAAAUGCUAAGAGCUAAAUUGAAAGUACUAGAUAUGUCUUAUGGACAUGGAACAGCUAAUACGGCUCUUGUAUAUCACCAUGGGAAGCUUCUAGCGCUCUCUGAAGCAGAUAAACCCUAUGCCAUUAAAGUUUUUGAAGAUGGGGAUUUGCAAACUCUUGGCCUACUGGACUACGACAAGAGAUUGAACCAUUCCUUUACUGCUCAUCCAAAAGUUGACCCGUUUACUGGUGAGAUGUUCACAUUUGGCUAUUCACAUACGCCACCAUAUAUAACUUACAGAGUAAUCUCAGAGGACGGAUAUAUGCAUGAUCCUGUACCUAUAACAGUAACAGAGCCCAUCAUGAUGCACGAUUUUGCCAUCACGGAGAACUAUGCAAUAUUUAUGGAUCUUCCUUUGUAUUUUAGACCAAAGGAAAUGGUGAAGGAGAAAAAAAUGAUAUUCUCUUUUGAUUCAACCAAAAAAGCUCGUUUUGGUGUACUGCCUCGAUAUGCUAAGAAUGAGAUGCAAAUUAGAUGGUUUGAGCUUCCAAACUGCUUCAUAUUCCACAAUGCUAAUGCUUGGGAGGAGGAGGAGGAUGUUGUUUUGAUUACCUGCCGCCUUGAGAAUCCAGAUCUGGACAUGGUCGGUGGUGCUGUCAAGGAAAAGCUUGAUAAUUUUGCAAAUGAGCUGUAUGAAAUGAGAUUCAACAUGGAAACUGGUCUAGCUUCACAGAGAAAACUAUCAGCGUCUGCCGUGGACUUUCCUAGGGUAAACGAAAGCUACACUGGCAGGAAGCAGCGAUACGUUUAUGGAACCAUAUUAGACAGCAUUGCAAAAGUCACAGGGAUUAUCAAAUUUGAUUUGCACGCUGAACCAGAUUCUGAAAAAACAAAGCUUGAAGUUGGAGGAAACAUUCUGGGUAUCUAUGACUUGGGACCAGGGAGAUUUGGUUCUGAGGCUAUUUAUGUCCCUCGUGUGCCUGGCAUCGAUUCUGAGGAAGAUGAUGGAUACUUGAUAGUUUUCGUGCAUGAUGAGAAUACAGGAAAAUCAGCAGUGCAUGUCAUCGAUGCGAAAACAAUGUCAGCUGAUCCUGUUGCAGUUGUUGAAUUGCCACAUAGAGUUCCAUAUGGUUUCCAUGCCUUCUUUGUGACAGAGGAACAACUGCAAGCACAGGCGAAACUCUAAAAGAGUUUUAACUUGUAACAGAAGAUAAAGCAUCCCAGCUGCCUCUGUACACUGUUUACACAUCCUUCUCAUUCACAAGAGUUUGUUAUAUAUAUAUAUAUAUAUAUAAAAGGACACAGCUCAUACAGGGUAGACUCUUAUGAUUACUCCCUCCUUCAAAAAUAUAAAGCAAUUUUAAUGUUUUAAGUUUUAA